AUCUCCUCCAGAAUUCAUUCCCCCGUUAUUAAAUUAUACAAUGAAGAAUAACAUACACUGGACAAUUGUGGUGCGAAAUGGUUUUUGAAAUAAAAGUGGUAAUGAUUUGCAUUUUUCCGCCACCUUCGCAUGCAAAAACGUCGAUCUGUCAAACUGAAUGACAGAUAAAAAUUUGGCGGACAUAUUGUUGUCGGUCGCAUAGAAAACGAAAUAUUGCGAAAAUAAGAAACAACAUAAUGGCACAACGUUCAUCUCUCACUUUUAACUUUGAAGUCCUGUUUGUGAGUGAAUUAAAAGUCUUUUAUUCACCCAAGCAUCUGCUGAAUGGUAUUCCAUGGCAAAUAAAACUUCAACAAUACGAUUAUGAAAAGGAACCAUGGCUCAUGGCCAUUUUGUGUUGCAGAUACAAAGCCGAUUCAACAUGGUCGUACAGCGCUCGUGCUACAAUCAAAUUAUUUCGAAUGGUCGAUGAUAAAGAGAAAGUAAUUGAAAGACGAAUAACACCAUAUGUUUUUCAACCCGAUCUUAAAUUACACUACGCUCGUGUUUAUUUGAUUCCGUGGCGGCAUUUGUUAGAUAAGUCAAAAGGUUAUGUCAAAGAUAACAUCAUUUCUGUGGGCGUUAAAAUUGAAAUGGCCGAUCCCAACGAACAGAUCAGAAGCCAUUUGAUUCUAAAAGAUACGUACAAAAGUUGUACAGAUGCUUGUAUAAAAAAAUUCCAAGUAUCUGUCGGCAACGUCAUGAAUUUGAUGGCCGUUCGAUCACCAUCAUUUAUUAUGCGCAAUGUAUUUUGGCAUAUUUUGAUCUUCAAAGAUUCUAAAAAACUUAAAUUCAGUUUAUGUCACGAUGAUACAUUGCUUCAAUUUCCAUGGGAAAUAACAAGUUCGAUCAAAAUUCUUUCAGCAUCGGCAUCAGUGAUGUCCAUUCAACGAAAGAAAGUUGAAAAUAGAAAUGACAUUUAUAAGCCAUUCUUUGAACUAGUGUGGACGGAAUUAAUUGAAUCGGCCAACGAAUUUAUCAACAACAACACCAUCGUCAUUGAUGUCCAAAUGUCAACUCUAAAAACAAAUAAAGCAAUAAUCUUAUCAAAUCCAUUAAUCAUCAAACAUCCAGAAAAACGUAAAGGAACGUGCAUAGAAAAGCCAGCAAAGCGAUAUGAGCUAAUGUGCCCGAUAUGUUUGGAGCGAUUUGAGGAGCAAAAUAUUUCCAUCACAAAAUGUGGUCAUUUGUUUUGUUCGGAAUGUUUGAAUACUGCGAUGAAAAGUCGUAGAAUUUGUCCGGUCUGUAAUAAUCGUGUUAUUUCAACCCAAGUAAAACGAGCACAUUUACCAUUUGCAACGUAGAUACGGAGCAUUGGAAAAAUCCACGUCAAACAACCCGUAAAUCGUGGACAUGGUGUAGUUUAUAUAUAAUCAAUCUUUGGUCAUCGUUUUUUUAGUCUUGUAUAUUUUAUAAUUAGUUCGUAAACAACAAUUGGCUAUAUCUUGAAUGAAAAUGUGUAUUGAAAAAAAUAUUUUACAGAAAUUGAACAAUUUAUCCAAUUUUUUUGAAAAACAUCACGUAUAACCAUUAAGCAUAGGAAUAAGUUUUAAAAAAAUGACAAUACUGUAACAACAAACUGGUAAAAUGAUCAAAUAA